GGACACUUUGUUGCUUCUCACCAGUGAAUGAAUGUGUCCAUCCAUCCAUCCAUCGUCUGUCGGUCGGUCGGUCGGUCGGUCGGUCGCUCGCUCAGCCAGCGGCCAUCCAUCUCUCUGCUCCACAGAACCUCUCUGACGGCACACACAUCUCAACAGUGUCUCCGCUCACGGCCGCACGGCCAUCUACGCAUGUCUAUCUGUCUAGAACUACAGCCGUCACUCGCUUGUGUCCGCCAUGGACAGAAAAAAAAGAUACACACCAGUUGCCAACUGCCUCUCAGUCGUCGAUCAUCAUAUGUAUGUGUACUGCCCCCCCGGCAUCAGAAGACGAUGAUAGCGCACAGACGAUGCACGGCCAUAAGUGUCAAUGAGUGGCACUGUAUCGGAGCCCUCGUCGUUCAUGUCGCCCCUCCUCCUGUAGGGCUUCGAUGGAGGUGAGGGAGGCAUGGCGCGGGUCUGCAUGGGCUCCUCCACAUACACACACCCAGUUAACCACGGCGGUGGCGUAUCAACUUGGUCGCUUCGGCGUGACUGCGUGAGCUUCUCAGCAGCGUCCCGUUCCUCGAGGAGUUGCUGCCGUUGUUGUCCUAGGACAUUCAAACAUACACCCAUUGCCUUGCGUGUCAGUCAGUGACUUCACUCACUGUUGAAUUCCAACCGGUCCUCUAGCUUCCGCAAGAAGAUCUCCCAUUCUGACGGACACAAAAGACAUACAUACAUACACACACACGAAUGAGUCUCCCACACGAGGGAGUGACUGACUGACUGACUGACCUUCCUGGCUGGCAGGCCUGGCGUGCCUCCUAAAGUAGUUGAAGAAGGCAUCGUCAUUGCCUUCAGCAAGCCGACGGACCAACGCCUGAUAGUAGUCCUGACGGGUGGAACACAGCACGCCCACGCCAUGUAGCCAGGACGAGUGUUUGUGUGUGUAAGAGCUUCCUCACCGUUGCGGUUCCUUCCAGCUUUCUGUCGAAGAGGUAGUUGUUGUGCCCCAGGAGUUCGAGCCUAGGCACACCCCGCUGCCUCACCAGCUCGAACAUCUUCUUGUCCAUACGCAAAACAUCCUCAUUGGUCACAACGACGUUGUUUCCCAUCUUCGAGAGCCUCAGGGGCGAGCUCAAGGAAAGGCACGAGUAGCGGCAGUCCGGAAGAAGCUCGAUUCAUCACAGAGUAGCAACUCGAUUUCGCUGUUGGAGAAGGGCGUGCACAUCAUAUCCAUAGACAAAUGCCUUGCUGUAGGCUCCCCCUCGCUGGAUUUGCUGCUGCUCUGUGCAGGAUCUUUGGGAUAGGCUCGUACGCC